AUGAAAAGUGAAUUCUUCAUUUGUGUUACUUUUUUUUUUGUGCUUUUACAUUAUAUUUCUUGCAAUAAACCACCACGUAGUCUAUCUGUGAAAUCUAAUAAAGAUAAAGAUGAAUUCAACAAUAUAAAAGAAAAAUUGAAUUCCAUAAAUAAUUCUAUAAAAGAUAAAGUUCUUGAAAAUUUUAAAGAAGAUAUUGAAUUAUUAAAAAAAAAGGUAGAUUAUUUGGAAAAGAGGAAAUGUGAUAACAUCGUGGAGAAUAUGCAACAAAAAGAUGAUGAUGAUGAAGAAGAAGAAGAUCCAGAUGAAGAUGACGAAGAACAAGAUGAAGUAGAAGUGAAACAAAAAGGAAUAGAGGAUAAACAAAAAGAAUCACAGGAUGAACAAAACGAAAUAGAGGAUGAACAAAAAGACAUUGUCGGAGAAGAGUCUGAAGAAUAUUCUGAUAAUGAAGAAGAAGAAGAAGAUGUAGGACAAAAUGAGGAAAAUAACGAUAAUGAAGUAAAUGAAGUAAAUGAAUUAAAUGAAGUAAGUGAAGAAAAUGAAGAUAAUGGAGAACUAGACGUUCCUGAUGAUGAAUUUGUAGAACAAAGUACAAAUAAAAAUGUAAGAAAUAGUAUGAUAAGAAAUUCUUAUAAAGAUAUAAAAUAUCCUGCUCAAAACAGUUCAACCAUACUUGAAAACACACCAACGAAAUUAUCUACACAAAACACAAAAUCAAAUCAAACUUCUAAUCAAUUAAUAACUCAAAUUCAAGGUGAAGAAUCAACUUCAAAAGUAGAUAAUAAUAAAAAUAAUACAAAUGAAGUUAAAUGUAUGCAUAAACUUAGUGAUGAUGUUCUUACUGAAUUAAAGGAAAAGGAUAAUGUAAAUAAUAAUAUAAAUCACAAUAAAUAUAAUAAUUUCAAAAAGGAAUUUUCUAAUUUUACUAUGAAUCAAAAUGAAUAUGAUUUAAUAAAAAAGUUGAUUAUUACCUUUUCUCAAAAAAAUGUAGAAAUGAAAAGAGAUUCCUUAAAACAAAUUUUUUUAAAAGCUUUGGAUGAUAAAAAAUACCGUGAAGUAUUUAAAAAUUUUAUGUAUGGUUUAUGUAGUUAUGCAAAACGUCAUAAUUAUUUAGAUAUUGAAAAAAUGGAAAAAAAUGAAAAAGCCUAUAAAAAAGUAUUUGAAAACACGCUUAACUUAAUAGAUACUAUAUGA